CUUGAUACAAUGAUGUUGCUAUUGAUCUACCUCGGCUAUACAGAUAGUCUAUCUUGGCAGCAAGGAUUGCUUGCAGUACAGUCGGAUGAGCUUCCCGUGUCAGGCAAGACGUUUGGCCGAAGGUGGAACCGUUUUGCUUCAGUAGUGGAGCUUUUAAAGAAAGUUUUAUUUCUUUCUCGUAUUUUACUAAUGGGAAUACAGAUGCAUUGCUUCGAACAACAACCAAAUCUCCACUCCAACUCAACACUCAUGCGACUGGAGUGGAGACCAUGGCAAACGAACC